AUGGCGGCGGUUGAUAAAGUUUUAUUAGCUAGUAAGUUUCGAGGAACAUUGGUUGGAGCAUUAUUGGGUGAUUGUUUAGGAGCACCAUACGAAGAUGUUGCAUCGAUAUCAAAACGUCAACUUCAAACUUAUUUUGACAAAAUGGAAAGCACUCAAGUGAAAGGACCUUUCAAACCGUACACCGACGAUUCAGCCAUGACUAGAUGCAUUGCUAAAUCGUUAAUUGAAAACAAAGUUGUCAACGAAACCGAUAUCGCAACAAAAUUCGUCACAGAGUUUUAUAAAGAGCCUAACAGGGGUUAUGGAGCAAACGUUAUUUCAGUUUUCGAUAAACUAUUAAGUACAAAAGUGUCUGAUCCCUUUGGCCCAGCAUUACAACAAUUUAACGGUUCAGGUUCGUAUGGUAAUGGAGCUGCCAUGCGAACUUCACCCAUCGCAUUAUUUUAUUUCGAUAAUUUUUCCACGCUCACGAGCAUGUGUGCAAACGUAUCUAAAAUAACUCACGCUCACAAAUUGGGAAUUAACGGAGCCAUAUUGCAAAGUUUGGCCAUAAGGAAAUGCCUUUUUUUAAAUCCGAAUGAAAAAUUAGAUGUUAACCGAUUUGCGACAGAGUUAAUUGAUGAAAUUAAAAACGUUGAAAAAGAAGAAGAUAAAUUUAACUUGUCCAAAUAUAAUUAUGAAACUCAGUUGACACUCAUGAAAAAUUUUUUUUCAAAAGAAUCACCACCAUCAGAUGAAGAAGUGGUCACAAAAUUGGGAAAUUCUGUCAGCAGCAUAUUUUCAGUACCCACAGCCAUUUAUUGCUUUUUAAGAGCACAGGAAAGGAUACCAAAGAUAGAUACGGAUAAUCCAUUUAGAAGAGCAAUACAAUAUGCUAUUUCUUUGGGUGGCGAUACUGAUACGAUUGCGAGCAUGACUGGAGCCAUUGCUGGUGCUUUUUUCGGCGAUGAAAUCAUUAAUGAAAAUUUAAAAAAAGAAUCAAUCAUGUACAUCACAAGAGGAAAGGGUUAA